AUGUGUGAAAGAUCACCAUUAUUUCUCUUCGAAGUUAAAUCGAUUCUCCUCGAUCUACUCACUCGUACUCUCGAACUGUUCGAUUUAUCUCGACGAUUACUCGAACACUAUCGUCUAACACAAUUUCUUUUGACACGCGAACAUCAAUGUGAUUAUCGACAUUUUUCUCUCGAAAAAUCAUGCCGACUGAAUUACAAUAUAAUGUCAGAUUUGAGUACUUAUCUUCAACGUUUAUAUACGACAUGCCGAAUCACGAAAAGCAGUUUACGUUCAUUGCAUGCUGCUCGAGUCACUGCGACGAAUGAUUAUAUCGUAAUCGAUGACGAAGUCUAUGAAUUAAUCAAAUGUUUCAAAUCCAAAUUGAACAGCGUUCAUUCAGGAUCAACUACCGAACGAAAAAAAUCGAUUAAAACAUCGGAUAGAAGAUACUAUUCUCAACGGCUCGUGCACAAUUCUUAUACUACUCAAUCAUUUCAAUUCCAUCCAACUUCUGCCAACUCGAAAAAUAACUCGCACACAUUGGAAUCCAAUGAAUCGCGUCAAAUACUUCAAUCAUUCCAUAAAAUCUCUCGAUUCUUUUAUUUUCUUCUAAAACAAUUCUACGGUGUUCAUAACGUUCAAGUUUCCGACGUUCUUCAACCGAUUGUCAUUAGUAUAAUUCGGUUGCUCCUAUUUAUUACCGAUGAAUUAAAACGAAAGCUUCAGGUGCUUUCACCGAUCAAGGUUCACCAUAAUCGAUUUCGAGUUCAAAAAAAAGAAGAAAUUUGCCAGGAGCAGAGUACACUCGGUUCGAGCAAAUCAGAAUUUGACAUCAUCGAAACAGUCAAACCCGAACAGGAGUAUAAAAGUCGAAACGAGAAUCAUGAAGAGAAUUUGCCCGAGUUCGAUGAAGAAGAAUUUUAUCGUUUAGCAAACCUUCCGCGAGAUGAUUGA